UGCAAAACUAUAUAUAGCAAUGGAAGGAAGCUCAAAAAUCAAUAGUUAUUCGAAGAAGGCAAAUGAGAUUAUAGAGACCGCUCUCAAGGGCAAGAGUAAUAUUAUGGCUGAAGCCAAGACUGAGGCUGAUAAGGAAAUCUCUAAGUACCGGGAUCAACAGGAAGAGAUAUUCGAGGAAGAAAGAGCUGAACAAGAAAGGAGAAUGGACGAUCUGAGCGAAAUUGAAGCUAAAGCUGAAGCUGAGAUCGCUGAAAUCAAAGAAGAGUUCGAAGCUAAUAAGGAAGAAGUAGUUGAAUUUUUGAUUGAGAGCAUUAAAAGUGUCUCUUUGAAGGUCCCUAAGGUCGUCAAAGGGAAUUUUGAGGAUAUGCAAAUCUAAGAGCUGUAAGAAAAUGGGUAUAAACUUAAGCAAAUUUAUGGUUA